AUGAAUUUUAAUCCGGGAUUAUUUCGUUACGGGAGACGAUGUAGUUCCGUACAAAAUUUAGAUUUAAGUUGUGAAAGUGAAAAACAAUUUCGACGGUGUAAUUCAGCCGUUGGAGAUCUCAAACCUGAUGACGUGAAUUCGCUCGAAGUGCCACCCAAAGAGGUUCGCGGUAGAACUUUUCCCAAUUUAAGAGGAAUCGAUCCGAGCACGUUCAUGUGCGAAAGUUCUUCUUUCUUAUUUGACCUUUACCGGUGUAGUAAUUUACGGGCCUCCUCAGACGGUUUUCGUAGGAAUUUUUCCGAAAGAAAUUUGGGACCUUUGCCCGGUGAUAAAAAUUGGCUUGACAAUUUGCCGAAAUACAAAUCGCAAUUUAAUUUAUCGUCGGUUCAGCAAAAAGCUCGAAGAUCCUCGUUUUUUCAUAGAUCCAAUCAAUCGUUGAAGAAAAAAAAUUCGCUUCGGGAACAAGAUGAGGAUGACAUGAUAGAAAAUUGCAAGGGAUCGGAAAAGGAAUCGCAAAAUUUGAAUAAUAUCAAGACGAAUAAUAAUAAUAAUUGUCAGGAAAAUAAAAUUGAGAAAAAAAAUAAAAACGGAAAGAGGAACAAGAAAAAAAAAGAAGAAAAGAAAAACGUGACGAAUGAGAAAAAUAAUAAAACGUCAUCGAAAUCGUCUAAGAAAAAUCAAAAUCCGGAUAAUUGUUCGGAAAAAUCUCGUACCAGUCGAAUUUUUACCGGUACCGGAUUUGGAAAAUCGGAAGCUGUUUCAAAUGGUUCACCGCGUUCAAAAAAUAGAGGAAAAAUAAUGAUGAUAAGGUUAAGGUUUGCUCUAAGGUUUGUUCUCACGAUGUGUAAAUUAUAG